AUGGCCAAUGACUCCCGUUUUACUUUUAAAUUAUUUUGUUAUUAUUAUCGUUUUAUAUCCAAAGAGUAACGUAUUUUUAUGUUAUACCGGUAAAUAGCAGAAUUUUAAUGUUAAGUUCAGUCUUAGGUCAUUAAAAUGCGUUAUAUCGUUUCAUUUAUUCUUUUGAUAAGCUCAAUAAGAUCAUCGAAUUUACAAUUACUGAUAAACGUUAGGAAUCAGGGAGGUGAUGUUUUGCAAGAAAAUAUCACUGCAAAUGUAUCUGAAGAUACAGUGACCCUUGAUUUUCUACGUUUGGAUGGUACUUACGUAUCACAAUUAGUCGACUUUACAAAUGAAGUUGAGGCAAUGAAAGUUAUAAUCCCAGCUGAAGAAGAGCUUGGACAGUCAGGUUACCAAACAUUAUGCUUUCUUACACAUGCUGCUCAGGCAGACUUCAUUGCACCAGAUGCUAUGGCAAAACUACGACAGAAAAAUGCUGGGACUGUACGAGUUGCUGAGGAGGAUAAAGGGUGGAGACAAACUACAGCAACUGCCUGGGCUAGUAGAGUGACACGACUACUAUCACCAGCAGCUGCUAGGCACUGUGCAUCUGCCAAAGAUCAUGUGUACCUGCGAGCUGCAGAUUUGACCAGAUGGGCUCCUAGACCAGGAAUGGAGCAUUCAUCAUAUGCCUCAGAAGUCAGUCCAUUCCCAGAACAUGCUUUGGCAUCUGACACUUCUGAUGGUUCACCAUUUGUGCCUGCUUGUGUAGCUGAGACAGACUCUGCUCAUGAGUGUAUUUGUCACUUUGAGGUUUGUGUAAAUUGGUAUCCUUGUGGACUCAAAUAUUGCAAAGGUAAACCACAAGGCGGUUUGAGCUAUAGGUGUGGCAUCAAGACAUGUCAUCGCUGUUAUCGGUAUCAUUUCUAUGUGCGGCACCGAGACACAUGCCUCACAUAUAUGUGACACCAGGCUCAAGUCAUACUCCAUUGGCUAUAUGGUGCUCCCGAAAUUCUUGCUAUAGUCACAACAGCUUCCAUAUUUUUCAGAAUUUUAUGACUUUAUAAGACAAUACUUUUGUAAAUAUUUUGCUAGAGGCUGUAUUUAAGUAUAAAUGUUACUAUUUAAUUGUU